AAUACUCCUCACAUCGAGAAGGCUCCUUGUCCAAGUGAUAUUCCAACACCUUCCCAGACUCGUCAAUUUGUUUGCAAGAGAGAAAUGUCAGAGGAUCCAGAACUCGUAUCUUUAAUCCAAGAUAAAAGAUCCAAGCAUGAUGAUCCAAACUCUAGCUUUGCAAAUGGUUCAGAAGAUUCAACUACAACAAGUCAGGUUCCGGUCAUCACAACUACCACAACAAAUUUCUCUUGUGCUCUCUUGGAACUCCCUUUAUUAGAAUCUAUUGAACCCAAAGACAGUCAUCCAGUUAACCCGCCUACAUUUGAUUCUUCUAAUCUUGAGAGUUCUGUGCCUCCUGGCUAUUUGAAAUUUAUCAACAAUUUAGAAAAUGAGAUACUUAAUGUUUCUAUGGAGAGGGAGACAUUGAAGAUUGAAGUGAUGAGGGCCCAAGCCAUGAUUAACGUUCUUCAAUCACGCAUUGAUCUCUUGAACAAGGAAAACGGGGACUUGCGAAGGCUCGUUCGGGGUGUCUAG